CCCCCUCCCCUACCUCCCAUCCUUUGCCCAGGAGCUGCCUUCAUCGCAGUCACGCCCCUUCCUUCCGAGGAGCUUUCUGGCUGCCCAAGCUGGUAGACCCCCUGAUUUAUUCCUCCAUCUCCGCUCUCUUUCGCCUCAUCUUCGCUUAGUUCUCACCGCCCCCUCCACCCCCACCUCCAGUCUGUCUUGCCUCCGACCAUCCGCUGCUCCACCCUCCGGCCCGGUAUCCUGCCUGUCCACUGCCACCAAGGAGAGCCCGGACGGAGCGGCGAGGAGCGGAGCAGCGGGGAGUUGGGGCUUCCCCCUGCCCAUCCCUGGCCUCCGGCCCGGGACUGAAGCCACUUGAGCAAGCAGAGAGUCGUGACCUUGUCUUCGGUGCCUUCAGGGAGCGGUGGAGAAGGACAAGUGAGAUAACAGAAGUGAAAGAGGUUUUGUCUCCUUCGAAGAAAAGCUGAGAAACUAAAGAGUGACCAGUGGUUGGACUCUUGGCGGCGCUUACCCUGAACCUGAGUGUUAGGGGAGAGGGAAUCUGCCGUUGCGGUUUCUGGAGCUGCUCAUAAGCAAGAAUUCCCUAUCCUGAUCAAGGCUUUAAGCCUAAAAGAAAGCAGAAAUAGGUCAAGGGCAGCCCAGGUGCCCAAUUUCUCUCUCUCUUCACAAGGCACCACCAGCAAUAGAGAUGAGAAAUUCUGAAGAACAGCCAAGUGGAGGAACCACAGUGUUGCAGCGUCUGCUACAAGAGCAGCUUCGCUAUGGCAAUCCUAAUGAGAAUCGCAACCUGCUUGCCAUACACCAGCAAGCCACAGGGAAUGGCCCUCCUUUCCCCAGUAGCAGUGGGAACCCAGGCCCUCAGAAUGAUGUGUUGAGUCCCCAAGACCACCACCAACAGCUUGUGGCUCAUGCUGCUCGACAAGAACCCCAGGGGCAGGAAAUCCAGGCAGAAAACAUCAUCAUGGAGAAGCAGCUCUCCCCUAGAAUGCAGAAUAAUGAAGAACUCCCAACCUAUGAAGAAGCCAAGGUCCAGUCCCAGUACUUUCGGGGCCAACAGCAUGCCAGUGUUGGAGCUGCCUUCUAUGUCACUGGAGUCACCAACCAGAAGAUGAGGACCGAGGGACGCCCAUCGGUGCAGCGGCUCAAUCCUGGGAAGAUGCACCAGGAUGAAGGACUCAGAGACCUUAAGCAAGGACAUGUCCGCUCCUUAAGUGAACGACUAAUGCAGAUGUCACUGGCCACCAGUGGAGUUAAGGCCCAUCCACCUGUCACCAGCGCUCCCCUCUCCCCACCACAACCCAGUGACCUCUACAAGACUCCCACAAGUUCCAGUGAAUUCUACAAGGUCCAGGGGCCACCUCCCAGCCAGCAUAGCCUGAAGGGCAUGGAACACCGAGGCCCCCCACCAGAGUAUCCCUUCAAGGGCAUGCCACCCCAGUCUGUAGUGUGCAAGCCCCAAGAGCCAGGGCACUUCUAUAGUGAGCAUCGUCUGAACCAGCCAGGGAGAACAGAGGGGCAACUGAUGAGGUAUCAGCAUCCCCCUGAGUAUGGAGCAGCCAGGCCGGCGCAGGACAUCUCAUUGCCACUGUCGGCCCGGAGCUCACGGCCUCACAGCCCUACUUCUUCCCUCACGUCUGGGGGUUCCUUGUCCUUGCUGCAGUCUCCGCCAGCCACGAGAUUGUCUCCUGCCCAACACCCCUUGGUGCCAAGCCAAGGAGACCACUCAGCUCACCUGCCUAGGCCACAGCAGCAUUUCCUCCCGACCCCGGCUCACCAGAGCGAUCAUUACCGGCCGCCUCAGCCCGGCCUGAGCCCGCCGCAGCCGCACCACCACCACCACCACCAGCAGCCCCAGCCGGGUGAAGCCUAUCCAGCUAUGCCCCGGGCUCAGCAGUCCUCCGCCUCCUAUCAGCCAAUGCCAGCGGACCCGUUUGCCAUUGUUUCCAGAGCCCAGCAGAUGGUUGAGAUCCUGUCGGAUGAGAACCGGAACUUGCGACAGGAACUGGAAGGAUGCUACGAGAAGGUGGCGAGACUGCAGAAGGUGGAGACAGAAAUCCAGCGUGUCUCGGAGGCGUAUGAGAACCUUGUAAAAUCAUCCUCCAAAAGAGAGGCCCUGGAGAAAGCCAUGAGAAACAAGCUUGAGGGUGAAAUUCGAAGGAUGCAUGACUUCAACAGGGAUCUGAGAGAGCGUCUAGAGACUGCCAACAAGCAGCUUGCGGAGAAGGAAUAUGAGGGAUCAGAAGAUACCAGAAAAACCAUCUCUCAGCUCUUUGCAAAAAAUAAGGAAAGCCAGAGGGAGAAGGAGAAGCUGGAGGCCGAGCUGGCCACUGCCCGUUCUACCAAUGAGGACCAACGGCGACACAUUGAAAUCCGAGACCAGGCCCUGAGCAACGCCCAGGCCAAGGUGGUCAAGCUGGAAGAAGAGCUGAAAAAGAAGCAAGUGUAUGUGGAUAAGGUGGAGAAGAUGCAGCAAGCCCUCGUACAGCUCCAGGCAGCAUGUGAAAAACGCGAGCAGUUGGAGCAUCGUCUCCGGACACGGCUAGAGAGGGAACUGGAGUCCCUCAGGAUUCAGCAGCGCCAGGGCAACUCUCAACCCACCAACGUUUCCGAAUACAAUGCCACGGCGUUGAUGGAGCUCCUCCGUGAGAAGGAGGAGAGGAUCCUGGCCCUGGAAGCCGAUAUGACUAAGUGGGAGCAGAAGUAUUUGGAGGAGAACGUGAUGAGACAUUUCGCUCUAGAUGCUGCCGCAACCGUAGCUGCUCAGAGGGACACAACAGUUAUCAGCCACUCUCCCAACACCAGCUAUGACACGGCCCUGGAAGCUCGCAUCCAGAAAGAGGAGGAAGAAAUCUUGAUGGCCAACAAGCGCUGCCUCGACAUGGAGGGCAGGAUUAAGACCCUCCAUGCCCAGAUCAUUGAGAAGGAUGCCAUGAUCAAAGUACUCCAGCAGCGUUCCCGGAAGGAGCCGAGUAAGACAGAGCAGCUGUCAUCCAUGCGACCCGCAAAGUCUCUGAUGUCCAUUUCCAACGCCGGGUCAGGCUUGCUCUCACAUUCUUCCACCCUGACCGGCACCCCCAUCAUGGAGGAGAAGCGAGAUGACAAGAACUGGAAGGGGAGCCUAGGUAUUCUCCUGGGUGGAGACUACCGCGCUGAGUCUGUCCCUUCCACACCGUCGCCGGUGCCGCCGUCCACUCCCCUGCUCUCGGCUCACUCCAAGACAGGCAGCCGAGACUGCAGCACCCAGACGGACCGGGGAACCGAACCGAACAAAACCGCAGCUGUCGCUCCAGUCUCGGUUCCCGCGCCGGCCGCUGCCGCCGCCAUCACUGCCAACGCUGCCGCCAGCAGCGCCGCCGCUGCCACCAACAGCACCACCAUGGGAGCCGCCGCUCCAGCCGCCGCCGCCGCCGCCGCCCCAUCUCCGGCAACUGCUGCUGCUGCUGCUGCUGCUGCUGCUCUCGCGGCUGCCGUUUCCCCAGCCGCCGCUGCUCAGCUUCCAGCCGCCGCCUCUGCCGUUGCCGCGGCGGCGGCUGCUGUUGCUCCCGCCGCGGCUGUUCAGGUUGCUCCAGCUCCUCCGGCUCCGGCUCCGACAGCGUCUCAGGCUUCUGCUCCGGCUCAGACUCAAGCGCCAAGUCCAGCUCCGGCUGUGGCUGCUCCUCCAGCUCCAGCUCCGGCUCCGGCUCUGGCUCCGGCUCCGGCUCCAGCUCCGGCUGAGGCUUCUGCAAGUCCAGCUGCCGGUUCUGGGUCGCGUCGUUUGUCUGUACCAAGUUUGACCUGCAGUCCGGAUAAGACAGAUGGCCCUGUUUUCCACUCCAAUACUCUGGAAAGAAAAGCUCCCAUUCAGAUCCUGGGACAAGAGCCUGAUGCAGAGAUGGUGGAAUAUCUCAUCUAAACGGCGUGUUCGAGAGCUGCAGUUUAUCAGCGAGAGUGCUUUUAAUCAUUUUUCCCUUUUGUUUGUUCUUAUUUUGAGGGUGAGGACAAGGGUUGGGGGGGAUGUUUUUUAAAGGGACUUUUUAUUGAAAUGAUGUAGUACUUAAGUAAUACCAUACAAACUCCAGUCUACUCUGGUACACACUUAGAGAGUACCUCUAAAGACCGCUUAAUCAGAAUGUGCUCUAAAGUUUAUUGUGUGGAUUUAUACAAAUCCUUGGACUGUCGAUAGCUGGAUAUACAUGAAUGUUUUCAACGUGCGUAAUUCUAUUUCGCAUUUCCAUAUUCCAGAUCAUUUUGAUUGAAGAGCACAGUACGUUUGGUAGACAGUGUGUAACAUGUAGUUCAGAAGUGGGAGGCCCGAGAGAAUUUGCACGUGUGCAGUUUUGUAUACUUACCAUCUAGACAGCGUCCAGAGAGAGAGAGCUCUCGUCUCGGGCUCGCGAAAGGGAAUAGUUUCGGGAGCUGUGUAAGCUGGAGAAAAGGCGGGGAAUAUUGGGGUGUGGAAAGGUGCUGGAGCUAAUUUUCCUUCCCAAUUUCCCAGCUGCCCUGUGCCAGGAGAUUGUGUUUAUCUUCAUUUCAGUGGUGCUUUGGAAGUGGAUUCUUUUGGUUCCCUCGUGGAGGUUCAUACAUUCAUAUAUAUACUCUGGAGUAAUUUAUGCAUUUGGAUAAUUAAUAUAUUGCUUUCAGAUGCUAGGAGAGUAAAUUAGCUGUGUGAUGGACAACUUCCUCUUUCUUAGGGAGUUAGACCAUCAGAGGCCUUGACGGAGAGUUGCAUGAGGUGCUGUGUGUGGCCAUGAACACAGCUCGCUUGCCUUUCCUGAGACCAAUCUGCUUAGUGCUUAUUUCUUCUCCAGCACAAACUCACUGGCUGUGUCACCAGCCUCAAAUUUCCAACCGUUGGCAAAACGAGGAAGCAUUUUCGGUGAUGGGCCGAAUGCUUUGACUUUCUGGUGGCUACUUGGAAAUAACUCCUUUUGUUUUCCCCAAUUCUUAGCAUACGUCUUAAAAGGCAUCGUUGACUAUCACCUCCAAGGGAAUAGCAUCAGAAGCCCAAAGUACUAUGCUGCAGCGGGGGGCGGGGGGAGAGGUGGGCUGCAGGUGUACCCUUAGCUACCCCUUCUCGCUGCCAGUGACUCCAUCUCGGAAUACCUUUGGAGAGCAGCAGGAAAUGUGCAUGUGGACAGGGACCAAGGAGGCCAAGGCUCCAAGCUUUGCCAUGGGGCUGCCUCCAGGGACACAAAAGGACUGCUUUUUGCCACGGGUCCCUGCUCUGUGUCACCUCUCUGCCCUUCAUUAAGGUGACAGAUCCACAGACAAUGUCAUUAAGAUCAGGUU